AUGUUCUGCUGCUGCGUCCAGGAGAGCGGAGAUUCAGUGGUCGAAGAGGUCACGGUGAAGACUGUGGCCGUUUUGCCACCGGACCAUUCCCCAGACUUUGGGACCUUCACGUUGAGCAUUCCUACGGCAGAUUUCCUUUCUUUGGGGCUUGACUUGGAUGUGACUUCAGACACCCGACCCAUGAUCAAGGAAGUGAGGCUGGGUGCCGUGUCGAGUUUCAACGAUGCGAACCCCACGCAAGCCAUCAAGCCCUAUGAUGUGAUCCUGGCCCUUGACGGAGCAGAAAGUGCCACUCAGAUCUCUGAGACAAUGACCCGCAAGCUCCGCGACUUGGUGACCAUCAAGUUGAGUCGACCCCGGAAGCAUCAGGUGCAACUGGAGAAGGUGGGCAACCUUGGGAUGAAGUUGGAAUACUGCAGCAAUUCUGCCGGCGCAGUGAUCCAAGAAGUGGCUUCCAGUGGCUUGUUGGCCAAAUGGAACCGCUCCCACCCCAAGGACGAGAUCCAGCCAGGCGAUCGCAUCCUCAAGGUCAACGGAAUGAAAUGCGCCGGACCUGACAUGGUUGAGGUCAUCAAGUCAGAACGCAAGCUGGAUUUCACGGUGCUCAAGUACUGA